GUGCCUAACAAGCUUCAUGGUCGGUCAUGGAACUGCUGCAGUUCACAUGUCUGCUUUUACUUAUCAGCUUGAAAUGUUUGACAGGUUUUGGCCAGCAGUGUGGGGGUAACCAGUGGCAGUGUGAUGAUGGAGCUUGUCUGCCUCUUUCCUGGCACUGCGAUGGAAAUGGAGACUGUAUGGAUGGCUCUGAUGAAAUGGCCUGCCCCUGUCCUAGGGGCCAGGUUGCCUGCAUGGCCGGGGCUCCUGGUUGUGUAAAUACCUCUGCAGUAUGUGAUGGGCUGCGCCAGUGUUCUGAUGGGUCUGAUGAGUUUAACUGCCCAGAGAACCAGGGCUGUCUGCAGGGGGACUGGAGGUGUAGGAAUAAGAUCUGCAUCCCCAAGGAUCUGUACUGUAACGGUGCUAACGACUGUGUGGACAACUCUGAUGAGGCCUGUGGCCGGUGUGGUCCAAUGGCUGUGCGUUGUCCUGGAGGGGUGUGUCUGACUGAAGAUGAGAGAUGUGAUGGAAAAUUGCAGUGCUCUGAUGGCAGUGAUGAACCCUCUACCUGUGGGAGGACUUGUUCAGAAGAGAACGGUGGCUGCAGUCACUCCUGUGUGGAUAAGCCCUGGGGAGCCCUCUGCUCCUGUCCUAAAGGCCAUAGACUAUCUGCUGACGGAGCCUCCUGUCUGGAUGUGGAUGAAUGCGCUCUGCCUUACGGUCCAUGCAUGCACUUCUGUGUCAACACACCUGGGUCCUUCUACUGCCACUGCCGAGAUGGCUUCCAGCUUCAAGGAACCACCUACUGUUAUUCUAAAGGAAAUUCUACAAAGUUUCUGACUGCAACGAAGGGAACUAUCGGAUUCCUGAAUCUGAAGACUCUGAGAUUCGAGUCCAUUCAGAGUAUUGGCUAUGAUCCUCUGGCCUUGGCCUUUGACCUCUCCAGGAGCUCAUUCUACUGGGCUGAUGACCAGGGGAACAUCUACAAGGCCAAGGAGCAGCAGCAAAGGAUCCUUUAUCAUGGACAAUAUGGGGUUAGAAGUCUAGUCUGUGAUUGGCUGACAGGCCAGCUGUACUGGACCAACCAGAAGACCCGGUCUAUUCAUGUUGGAGCAGCUGAUGGGAGUGGAUUUGCAACGGUCUUGGCCAAGAACAUAGACCCUUUGGAGCUGGUCCUUCUUCCCAUUGAAAGCUUGUUGUUUUGGAUCAACAAAGGUCCAGGUGAUAGAAUUACUCUGGAGAGAUCUGGGAUGGAUGGGUUAAAGCCGGAAUCUCUGGUGGUCCUCACUGCACAGGCUCCACGGAGUCUGACCCUGGACGUUACAGCUCGGAGGCUGUACUGGAUGAGUGAUUUUAAAAAGUCCAUAGAGACUGUGCGAGUGGAUGGGAGUGGUCGCUAUAGCUUUCUGGAGUUCUUUAAGAGGAGACCAGCUCAGAGCCUGGCGGUGUUUGACAGAUGGUUCUACUGGACAGAUCAGAAGGGUCUGUGGCGCUCCCCUCAGGACCAACCUAAUCAGAAGAACUUUAUUCAGAGGACAACACUCCCUGUCCUAGAGGCAUACCAUGAACAACAGCAGCCAAAAGCUCCAUCAGCUUGUGUAAAGUCUGGCUGCCAGCUCUGCAUGCUGACUCUGGACCUGCCUGCUGGGUUCACCUGUACCUGUCCUGAUGACAAACUGCUCAUGGCAGAUGGCUCAUGUGAAUAUCCCAGGUUUGCUUAUGCAACAUCCACAACACUGAACCUGUUUGAGUUGAAAGGGAAGGAGCUGAUCAAGACAAAACUGCUGACUACGGAUGACGUCAUGGAGUCUUUUGACAUCGACUGGAGGGGGGACUGGGUCUACUGGGCGAACAGCACUGGUCAUGUGAUGCGCUGGAACCUCAAUACCAGCCAAACAGAGACUGUCCCUACGCUGAGACCAGCCUGCGUGGUGUCAGUAGACCAGAAGAUGAGAAAUCUGUACUGGCUGUCAUGUGAUGAAGUCUGUGUUGGCGUCACUAACAUGGAUCAGGGUUACCCACGGAGACUGUACCAGUCAAGCAGUGAGGUAAGAGAUGUUUAUCUGGACUGGCAGCGGGGGAGGCUGUACUUGCUGGAGGCUGGCUGGAUCCUAUCCAUGAGACUACCAGGAGGAAACCCUAGGAAAGUCCUGAGAGUGGAGGGACACGUCGCUGGGCGUAUUGUUUUGGACCUACAAUCUAACACACUGCUCUGGAACACAGAGGGGGAUGAUCUGAACAUCAUGAGUCUGUUGAAGUCACAGACUCACCUGGCAGGCAGAGAGUGGAAUGUCCCUGGUUCCAUCAUGGCCGCUCACUCUCCGCUCCUGGUGUCGCUGUUUAAUGAUGUCAUCACUGUGUGGGACCGACGGGACAGGAGGCGUGUCCACGAUGUCCCUGUCGGGCCAGGCGUUGUCAGGGUGAUCGUGGCUCUGGAUGUAAAGGAAGUGCCUCCUGCUCAGCCAGUCUGUACCAGUCCAUCAGUGAGGUGUCGGGGCUCAACUUUGUGCAUCUCCCAAACUCAGCUGUGUGACACAUUGAGAGACUGCCCUGAUGGUUUUGAUGAGGAGUCCUGCAUUACUAAAUGUCCAAACCGAGGUGAGUUCCGGUGUAAGGACAGGAGGAAAUGUAUUGAGAGGAGUCUGGUUUGUGAUGGACGCGCUCAUUGCCAUGAUGGCUCAGAUGAGAUUGGCUGUCCAAUGAUAGCUGCUCCAACAUCCCAAACUGCGCCCCUGAAGUGCCCUAUGGGUUCCAGACUGUGCAAGGAUGGGAGAGAGUGUGUCCUGCAUAGCCAUGUUUGUGAUGGAGAGGUGGACUGUAAGGAUGGAUCAGAUGAACAGGACUGUGAGCUCCUCUGCAAAGCAGGUCAGUUCCAGUGUGCUCAUGGGAAGAAGUGUAUCGACCAGCAGCAGAUGUGUGAUGGGAAGGCACAGUGCCAGGACCGUUCUGAUGAAAUGGACUGCUUAAAGCCCACCAAGAGCUGCAGGCAUCGCUGUGACAAUGGCCACUGUAUCCCAGAAACUUUCCUCUGUGAUGGAGAGAGAGACUGUUCGGACGGUUCUGAUGAGGAAGGCUGUGAUUCUAACAAGGCCCUUCCUCCUGUCCUGCCAACUCUGGCUCAGACCUGUACUAGUCCAUCAGUGAGGUGUCGGGGCUCAACUUUGUGCAUCUCCCAAACUCAGCUGUGUGACACAUUGAGAGACUGCCCUGAUGGUUUUGAUGAGGAGUCCUGCAUUACUAAAUGUCCAAACCGAGGUGAGUUCCGGUGUAAGGACAGGAGGAAAUGUAUUGAGAGGAGUCUGGUUUGUGAUGGACGUGCUCAUUGCCAUGAUGGCUCAGAUGAGAUUGGCUGUCCAACGAUAGCUGCUCCAACAUCCCAAACUGCGCCCCUGAAGUGCCGUAUGGGUUCCAGACUGUGCAAGGAUGGGAGAGAGUGUGUCCUGCAUAGCCAUGUUUGUGAUGGAGAGGUGGACUGUAAGGAUGGAUCAGAUGAACAGGACUGUGGUGAAUCUCCAGUUCCACUUACUACAGCUUAUUUGGCUCCAACUACAACCUUUCCAGAUAUUCUUCCUGCUCAGCCAGUCUGUACCAGUCCAUCAGUGAGGUGUCGGGGCUCAACUUUGUGCAUCUCCCAAACUCAGCUGUGUGACACAUUGAGAGACUGCCCUGAUGGUUUUGAUGAGGAGUCCUGCAUUACUAAAUGUCCAAACCGAGGUGAGUUCCGGUGUAAGGACAGGAGGAAAUGUAUUGAGAGGAGUCUGGUUUGUGAUGGACGUGCUCAUUGCCAUGAUGGCUCAGAUGAGAUUGGCUGUCCAACGAUAGCUGCUCCAACAUCCCAAACUGCGCCCCUGAAGUGCCGUAUGGGUUCCAGACUGUGCAAGGAUGGGAGAGAGUGUGUCCUGCAUAGCCAUGUUUGUGAUGGAGAGGUGGACUGUAAGGAUGGAUCAGAUGAACAGGACUGUGGUGAAUCUCCAGUUCCACUUACUACAGCUUAUUUGGCUCCAACUACAACCUUUCCAGAUAUUCUUCCUGCUCAGCCAGUCUGUACCAGUCCAUCAGUGAGGUGUCGGGGCUCAACUUUGUGCAUCUCCCAAACUCAGCUGUGUGACACAUUGAGAGACUGCCCUGAUGGUUUUGAUGAGGAGUCCUGCAUUACUAAAUGUCCAAACCGAGGUGAGUUCCGGUGUAAGGACAGGAGGAAAUGUAUUGAGAGGAGUCUGGUUUGUGAUGGACGUGCUCAUUGCCAUGAUGGCUCAGAUGAGAUUGGCUGUCCAACGAUAGCUGCUCCAACAUCCCAAACUGCGCCCCUGAAGUGCCGUAUGGGUUCCAGACUGUGCAAGGAUGGGAGAGAGUGUGUCCUGCAUAGCCAUGUUUGUGAUGGAGAGGUGGACUGUAAGGAUGGAUCAGAUGAACAGGACUGUGAGCUCCUCUGCAAUGCAGGUCAGUUCCAGUGUGCUCAUGGGAAGAAGUGUAUCGACCAGCAGCAGAUGUGUGAUGGGAAGGCACAGUGCCAGGACCGUUCUGAUGAAAUGGACUGCUUCAAGCCCACCAAGAGCUGCAGUCAUCGCUGUGACAACAAUAGCCGCUGUAUCCCAGAAACUUUCCUCUGUGAUGGAGAGAGAGACUGUUCGGAUGGCUCUGAUGAGGAAGGCUGUGAUUCUAACAAGGCCCUUCCUCCUGUCCUGCCAACUCUGGCUCAGUCUUGUAUUAGUCCAUCAGUGAGGUGUCGGGGCUCAACUUUGUGCAUCUCCCAAACUCAGCUGUGUGACACAUUGAGAGACUGCCCUGAUGGUUUUGAUGAGGAGUCCUGCAUUACUAAAUGUCCAAACCGAGGUGAGUUCCGGUGUAAGGACAGGAGGAAAUGUAUUGAGAGGAGUCUGGUUUGUGAUGGACGUGCUCAUUGCCAUGAUGGCUCAGAUGAGAUUGGCUGUCCAACGAUAGCUGCUCCAACAUCCCAAACUGCGCCCCUGAAGUGCCCUAUGGGUUCCAGACUGUGCAAGGAUGGGAGAGAGUGUGUCCUGCAUAGCCAUGUUUGUGAUGGAGAGGUGGACUGUAAGGAUGGAUCAGAUGAACAGGACUGUGAGCUCCUCUGCAAAGCAGGUCAGUUCCAGUGUGCUCAUGGGAAGAAGUGUAUCGACCAGCAGCAGAUGUGUGAUGGGAAGGCACAGUGCCAGGACCGUUCUGAUGAAAUGGACUGCUUCAAGCCCACCAAGAGCUGCAGUCAUCGCUGUGACAACAAUAGCCGCUGUAUCCCAGAAACCUUCCUCUGUGAUGGAGAGAGAGACUGUGUGGACGGUUCUGAUGAGGAAGGCUGUGUGGCAAUUCUUUGUGGCCAGCAGCAGUAUCAGUGCAGUAAUGGUCAGUGUGUGUCUGAGGCUCUCCGUUGUGACGGCCAUGCUGACUGCGGAGACCAUUCUGACGAGGUGGGCUGUGCCAAACCCGCCCACUGUCCCCCGGACCUCCGUUGCCCAAACAGCCAUGAAUGUCUUGUGGAGGAAUGGCUGUGUGAUGGGGAACAGGACUGCCUGGACGGUUCAGACGAGAUGAACUGUAUGGUGUCUCCAGUGACGUGUGGGGAGUUCCAGUGGAGCUGUGUCUCUAAGACCCAGUGUAUCCCUGCAACCUGGAGGUGUGAUGGACAGAAAGACUGUGAGGACUACAGUGACGAGGCCGGAUGUGACCAGUUGAAGUGCUCCAACCAGCUUUACCAGUGUGGUAGUGGAGAGUGUGUGGACCAUUCCCUGCUGUGUGACCACAUCAUCAACUGUCCUGAUGGAUCUGACGAGGGGCAUGGUUGUUCCACCAAUAACUGCUCCAGCCCUGGGACCCCCCAAUGUGACCAGCACUGUGUCAGCACCCCUUACGGACCGAGGUGCAUCUGUGCUGCAGGCUUCCGGCUCCAGGCUAACGGUUUGUCCUGUGUGGAUGUUGACGAGUGUAAGGAGGUCCUACCACCUGUCUGCAGCCACACCUGCCUUAACACCCACAGCUCCUUCCUGUGUCGCUGUCACCAUGGAUAUCUACUGGAACCAAAUGGUCACAGCUGCAAGACCCAAGAUGAGGCUCACCUGCUGGCGUCUGUUCAGAAUGAGCUGCUGGUGUUGGGGUUGCAUAGCUCCAGCCUUUCAUUGCUCUCCACUAGUCAGACACCCGUGUUCUGUGUGGAUUAUGACUGGAGAGACCAGAGGGUAUACUGGGUCAGUCUGGAGGAGGAGAGCAUCAAGUGGACUUCCAUCAACACCAAGGACACAGGCACUCUGGUCAAAGGUUUGAAGUCUGAUUCUAUAGCUGUGGACUGGGUUGGCAGGAACCUGUACUGGCUGGAUGGGCUGGCCAGUCAGAUUCUGGCUGUGAGGCUGGGCACAUCUACAGUAAAGUCUCACAACUACAUAGUGGUUCUGGAUGAGGAUCUGGAGCAGCCUCGCUCACUACUGCUGCUGCCACACAAAGGGUUGAUGUAUUGGUCAGAGGUUGGUAGCAAUCCCCAGAUAGAGCGGUCAGGGAUGGAUGGCUCUGAGAGGAAGGUGGUGUUGACUCGUGGUCUCGGCUGGCCAGUCAGUCUCUCUGUGGAUACUCUCACUGACCGAAUCUACUGGGCAGAUGAAAAACUGCAGUGCAUCGGCUCUGUAUCCCUGGAAGGACACAAUGUCAGGCUUCUGCAGCUGACUGAAAUGCCCAGUCCAUUCUCUGUAAUGGUUUUCAAUGACAUGGUAUACUGGUCUGACACCAAGAGGAGAACUAUUCAAGUAUCCCACAAGAACACGGGCAAGAACCGCAAAGUUUUACUCAAAAGACCUGGACAGCCUUUUGGCAUCAGGAUUAUGCACCCCAUCCGGCAGACCAACGUGUCCAGCCCCUGUGAGAAGCUCCAGUGUUCCCACAUCUGUCUCUUGGCUCCAGGACUGUCUACAGGCCCCAGAGCUGUGUGUAGAUGUGCAGCAGGGCUUCUCCUCGCUGGGGACGGCCUCACCUGCUCCACCCUUGUAGACACCACCUUCCUCUUACUCCUCUCUCCUACUGCAGUUACACAGAUAUACCUUAGCACCAUCCAUAAUGGUGUGGGGUUGAAGCGGUUGCCUGAGCACCAUAUAUGGUCUCUGCCGUGGGCGCACCAGGCCUCGUGGCUGGAUUUGGCUGUACAGGAGAGGAAUUUAUACCUGGCUGAUGCUGCCCAGGGCUCAGUCGAUCUUCUGAAACUGAGUAGCUCAGGCCUGACACCAGACAGCAGAGUCCUGAAUCUCCAGGAUGAUGCAGUGAUGGCUCUGGCUGUGGACUGGGUCACACUUAACUUGUACUGGAGCAGCAGGAAGCAGCCUGACCUACAUGUCACCACCACCAGGGGGCAGCACACUGCACCUCUACUCCAACUAGGCCUUCAGGGAACCACCUCCAUUGCCUUGCACCCUCCCACAGGACGCCUGUGCUUCACGGUCUUGGGCCAGGUGAAUGUGAGGAGCCUGCCGCAGGUGGACUGUGCCUUCAUGGAUGGACGUAGUCAGAAGCUGCUCUGGAGGAAGGCUGUGAUGCCAACCUCCCUUCUGUUCUCCAACAAGGGCACUCGGCUGUAUUGGGCCGACAUAGGUGCUGGAGUAAUCGACUCCAUUCUUCUGGAUGGUUCUGGAUAUAAACAGUUUAAAGCAGAUCCCGGCCUCAUGUCCUUCACACUGGCUGAGAACGUCCUCCUGUGGAGCAGCCUUGAUAAAGAUGUGACUAGAAUCUGGUUCACUGAUGGAUUUCAGCCCAAGCAGCUGUGGUUUGAGGUCAAUACCAAUGUAGUGGCACUGAGGGUUUACAGCAAAACCAGUCAGAAAGGAACGAACAGCUGCUCAGAGCGGAACGGAGGCUGCAGUCAGCUGUGCCUGGCAUACCCAGGGGGGCGUAGCUGCCGAUGUGGACAUGGUUACCAACCUGUCGACACCAAAACGUGUAGCCCCUUCCCCUCCCUCCAGUGUCCAGAGGGCAGCAGGGCCUGUAGCGACGGCAGCAGGUGCCUCCCCCUCACAAAGUUCUGUAACCACCAAACCGACUGCCUCGACCAUUCAGACGAGAUCAAAUGUUGGUCUGGAGUGAAUCCCCAAGAUGUCAGCCAUAGUAAACCUUCCCCGGGGCAUGCUGGGAACACCGUCCCCCCUAGCCAGGACUGGUCUGGGAGGACCACUCCCGGGGGGGUAGAGGUGCAGAAGCUGGACUCUGAGUCAUGUGAUGCACAGCAGUGUAAUGGACAUGGGAAAUGUGUGACAAGGGGUGGAGAAACCACCUGCCAGUGUGUUCUGGGAUACCAUGGUGUGUUCUGUGAGGAGGGUGAGGGUCCAGGGGUCAGUAAUGCCCCCCUCACUUUGGGCAUCCUCAGCCUCAUUGGUGGGGUCCUCAUCGCUGCUGUCAUCAUCAGGAAGAGCAGAGCAAGAGCUGCAGCUCGGGGCCAGUCCACAGACAAGGAGACUCUGAUGACCAAUAUGGAUGAACAGACAGUCUACGCUGUGUCUUUCAACAACGAUCUGUAUGAUCCUGACCAGGAAUCGAUCUCGUCUGCUGAUGGGCCAUCUCAACAUCUGUAAAUGUUGUCUUUUCUCUUCUGCUCUGAAAUAAAGUAUAGGAUGUUAAACCUCA